AUGCCUACUGAGCCGGAUGCAGAGCCUGAUCGACCCAUGACUAUGGUUGAUCCUCCGACUGUAGGAUUUUCCUUUGUAACGAGGUCAGGAGGAAUUGAGCAGGGGGGACGACGGUUCCAGUUCGAUGACACCACAGAUUUGGCCAAUAUGGGACCAAAGGAUAUCUUAGAACCGGAGAGUAAUGCCUUGAAGGACCCAGAGUUUUGUGAAACUCACGAGGUUUGUGGCAUUCGACUCGGAGACCUCGUUCUUGCACUCCAAGGAAGGCCUGCCAAGAAGCCGCAGAAUGAGAGUGCCUAUACUUUGGCCAGAGGAGGUGCGCAUGGUCCUUACUUCCGGCUGAGCGAG